AUGUUCUCAGACCCACAGCAAAUAGCCCCCCAACUUAUGUACAGUAACCGUCCAGUAAAAGUUAAAAUCUAUCUCUCUGCCAAGCUGGAGUGCAUGUUUUCUGGAUAUGAUCCACAAAGUCAGAAUCUUCCAUACAUCAAGUGGUACUUUGACAAUGGAACUCAGAUUCAGAGAUCAGCUAAAUUUGGGUUUGCUCAUGAAAACCGUGUUUUGACAAUAGGCACAGUUUCAGAAGACGAUGAAAAGAUAUACAAGUGUGAAGCAAGCAAUGGUGCUGGUACAUCAAAAAAAGAAGAGCUGUUUUUAAACGUCACUGGUCCACCAAUGUUUGUUGCUGGUGGCGCACCUAGUGAUAUAAUUGUUCUGAAAGGAAAAGAUGCUGUUUUUAACUGUAAUGCAAAAUCAGUUACGUCUGAACUGCAACCAGAAGAACCCAUUUGGUAUAUCAAUGGCAUACGUACAGGUUUACAUACAGAUCCAAAGAAAUAUGUGGCAUCAGAUGGCAACAGAAAGCUAACUGUAAAAAAUGUGAAAAAAGAUACAGAUAUUCUCUGUGUGCAGUGUUACGUUGAAAACUCUGAAGGAGGGAUCUGGGGCGAUGGAUGUGUAACAGUUAUCUUGCCAAUCAAAGUUAUACAACAGCCAGUGACACCACAAGAAAUUGAGCACGGAGAUGUCAUAGACCUUGCUGUAACUGCAACAACUGACCCUUCAAUGACCCUCAAGCAGAAAUGGGAACACAAUGGUACCGUGUAUGAUAACCUGGACCAGAUACCUUUUGUCAAACAAAGGGCCAUCAACACCAGUGAACUGUCGGAAGACCAGUUCAAAGAAGUUUUGGGGCUAUACAUAGUCACUUUGUAUCAUUCACAUGACUCAAAAAUUAUAGACAUUAACGUGGUAACCACGUUUAAACCUGUUGUUACUGUCCCGGUUUAA